AUGUCAUUAAUAUUCUGGCCUCAGAUUCUUUACUUGGGUACGAUUGUGGACGACUUAUGCUGUGGUAGAACUAGUUUGAUUUUCGAUCGAUACUUUUGGGAAACACGGUUUUUCCACCUUGUUGGAGUGCGUAAUCUAUUGGUCGCACCUUUGGCCGAGGAGCUAAUAUUUCGAGCUUGUAUCAUUUUUCACUUGCAGCGACUGUAUCCAUCGUGUCACGAACUUUGCAUCAUUAGUCCAUUAUUUUUCUCCAUUGCGCAUUUUCAUCACAUCUAUGAACGGGUAUACGAUGGCGAAAGCCUGUGGAAAGCGUUUUUGUCAGCACUUUUUCAGGUGGGAUACACCACAGUUUUCGGUGCCUACUCCGGAUUCUUGAUGUUGCGAACUGGUUGUCUUCUGUGUCUCGAUCGAUUCCCUUAUUUUUCUAUGUAUUUUAAUGCCUACUUCAAUACAGUCUGUUCUCGUGACUCUGGUUUUUCUUCCAUUCAUUGCAGCUUGUCCGAGUGGUUUGCACUUGCCUCUUGUUUCCUUUCAGAGCAAUUACUAAAAAUGACUUGCGUGGAGCGAUUGAAAGGAAAUGUGUCUUUCGAAUCAGUUGGACUCAUCGUGGAUAACUGCCUCAUAGGUCAUGAGCGAGUGGGUCCGACCGAACUGCAUGAGUUAACGUCAUUGACAGCAUUUCUGGAUGGUACGUACUUUGUUCUCAGACAGCUCCUCAGCCGUUUUAAAGCAAUGAAACGGAAGAACGAAACUAAAUCCGAGCCUUACUACGAAAAUGCCUUGUCUGUGAUUGAUCUACUGCUCUGUCCCACUCGCACACCAUCCGACAUUUUAGGGGAACCCGUCAAGCCCAAAUCCGAAAUGGCUCGAAAUACAAGAAUUUCAUAUCUACGACACUUGCUCACCCAAGUAUGGAUCAGUUUUCUCGACAACCAGCUUCCAGAUGAACUGAUGUUGAAAGCACUUCGUUUGCUGGGCGAUGAUCACAUCGGUCGUCUAAGUGAUGCUCGACAGCUGGCGGACUAUGUGAUUCCGGUUUUCGAUUUGCCUGCCACUGGUGACGCCGUCCAGUCGGACAAUGAUCUGUUCGUCCCGCCCUCCUGGUCACGAGCGGUUAGCCGUGCUGUGUUAGCGCUCGUUCACAAGGGAGGAUUGAACUACCCGAGACUUUACCCCAGGCUGUAUGAGCUUCUGGAUGACAGUCUACUUCACUGUCCGGAAGCAGAGCGUUUUUUGUUGGAUCUGGACCUGUAUCUGAGUUCGCUACACUUGGCUGUUGGUGUUGUAGCUGCGUUUAUCAAACGUCUAUCUCAGUUGGCUCUCAUAGCCCCAAUGCGCUUGACUCCAGCGUUUCUGCUUCUCAUUCACAACGCGCUAAAACGACAUCCGAAGUGCGGUAUUUUGGUUAAUCGGACGAGACGUCACCCGCAACCGGAAACAGGCAAGCCAUGUGUUGGAGAUCCUUAUCGAUGGAAUGCGAACAACCUGGAAUCUUCUGGUGCAAUGGAAAGCAGUCUUUGGGAAGUUGCCAGCCUGACACACCACCAUUCUAGCCUGAUUAGCUCUCUAGCCCGGGAUAUUUGUCAUCCGAACCCAGAAAGUGUGAUUGUGGAUUCGACAUCCCCUUCCACGUUGAUCCGGCAGCAGAUUUUGGAUUUGACCGAAAUUUCAGAGGAUGUACACCGGAACCUAUCGAUUUUGUCAAAGUCAAAUGCACAGAUGCCCAUGUUACAGGCACUUGACGGUUGGACCGUGUGACGUGACGUGACACGUAACACAACUUCCCUUGUACAUGCUGCAUAAUUACAGAACUUUGUAAAAAUUUAUCUGCCAUGCGAUUGUACAUCUUAUGGCCUGGAUGGCCACCACAGCUACAACACAUUUCGCUAUGAAACAUGUGAUCUCUGUUCAGUGCCCGG